CGCCACUUCCGGUGACAGGGAAGGCCGCCAUUUUGGGAGGAGAUUUCAGCCACGGGCUUCCCUUCGGCGCUGAAGAACCCUAGAGAUAGAAAAUAGUAGAAUCACGAAAUGUCGGGGAAUGGAACUAUGGACCAACAAGAGCUCCUGAAGUUAUUUGUUAGCAAGUGAAGCUUUUAAGACGUUCUGGUCGAUGCUCACCAAGCUCAAGGCCACCCCCUGUUCUUCUCCCUCAAGAUGGCUGCCCUGGGAAGGAGCCAAAGUCUGGAGGAUGCUGCCGCUCUUUCCGACCCCAGUCCCACGGCCUCUCCUCUCCCCCCGGAGGAAAAGCCCAAGAGCAAAGCCUUCUUUCCCCUGGGAUUGCUGUUCCACCCCCGGAGCGAAAAGUUCGUCAUUGCGAGGAGCGACAGCGUGCCGGAGGAGAAGGUGUUGAAGAUCACCAUCACGGAGACCACGGUCAUCGAGUCGGACCUCGGCAUCUGGAACUCGCACGCACUCACCUACCUCACGUUGUGGUUCUUCUUCAGCUUUUGCACGCUUUUCCUGAAUAAAUACAUCCUUUCCUUGCUGGAAGGGGAGCCGAGCAUGCUGGGGGCCGUUCAGAUGCUCUCCACCACCUUCAUCGGCUGCGUCAAGAUGUUUGUCCCCUGCUGCCUCUACCAGCACAAGGCUCGCGUCUCCUUCCCCCCCAACUUCAUCAUGAUCAUGCUGUUUGUCGGGUUGAUGAGGUUUGCAACGGUGGUUUUGGGCCUCGUCAGUUUAAAGAACGUUGCGGUUUCGUUUGCCGAGACGGUUAAAAGCUCCUCACCCAUCUUCACCGUCAUUAUGUCCCGCAUGAUUCUUGGAGAAUACACUGGACUGCUGGUGAACCUCUCGCUCGUCCCUGUGAUGGGAGGGCUCGCCUUGUGUACGGCGACGGAGCUGAGUUUCAACAUAUUUGGCUUCUCGGCCGCUUUGUCUACAAACAUUAUGGACUGUUUGCAGAAUGUGUUCUCUAAGAAGUUACUUAGUGGAGACAAGUACCGUUUCUCUGCCCCUGAGCUUCAGUUCUACACGAGCGCAGCGGCGGUGAUCAUGUUGAUUCCAGCUUGGAUCUUUUUCAUGGACAUGCCGGUGAUUGGGAAAAGUGGGAGAAGCUUCCAGUACAAUCAGGAUGUCGUGGUGCUGCUCCUGAUUGACGGGGCGCUGUUCCACCUCCAAAGCGUGACCGCUUACGCCUUGAUGGGAAAGAUUUCCCCUGUGACGUUCAGCGUUGCCAGCACCGUGAAGCACGCCCUGUCCAUCUGGCUCAGCAUCAUCGUAUUCGGCAAUAAGAUCACCAGCCUCUCGGCCGUCGGCACCGUGCUCGUGAUCGUGGGGGUGUUGCUGUACAAUAAGGCAAAGCAGCAUCAGCAAGCGGUCCUCCAGAGCCUGGCAUCAGCCUCUUCCCCCCUGAAAGCCCCCCAGAGCAUCAGCGAAGACACGGAGCCUCUCCUUCCCAAAGACUUGAAGCCCUACGAAUGAAUCCACACACUUGUCUUUCCAUCACCACAAGCUUGGCCUUUCCGCCCUCCUUAACCUGGACGUCCAUCCCCACGGCGACCAGAACCCCGCCGGGCGUCCAUUUUGCAGGAUCUGUUUCACACUUGCAAAAGAUGGUUGGUGGAUCGGGGGCGGGGGGGGGAAGAGACAAACACCAGCAAAGACCUCUUUGAAGAAGGGAAUGGGUAGGAAGAAAGGUUGGCAAAGGAGGUGGCUGCGUUUCUGAGGUAAAACGACCGCGGCCAGCGGUCCGGACGAUGGCUCGGCUUCUGCCGGUGUCACGUAACCUGGAUUUCCUCAUCGUUGACUUACGCGGAGUGGGCCAAAAAAAAA